UGUAGUAUAUGAUGGAGACAUUGAUUGUGGUGGAGAGCGGUGGUGGAGAGUGGUGGUGGUGUGGGCGGCAGCAACGCCACCCAGUCACACAAAGAUGCCACCCAAGUCAUCCAGGUCCACCAGGACCCUCAUAGACGAAUUCUGCUCCAUCACUGGUGCAGAUAAGUCACUUGGUAGCAGUCUCUUGGAAGCUUGUGGGAACAACCUGGAGAUGGCAAUUAACAUGCACAUGGAAGGUGUCCAUGAAGCCUCUUCAUCCAGCUCGGCUACCACCAACCACUCCUCACCUGGUUCACUUGGCAUGACUGGUGAUGAAGGUACUGUGCGUGCUCCCAUACCACAGAAGCAAGAAGUACUUGUGGAGGGCCCGGAUGAACUUGCUUUCUCAUUUCGUGGGAGGCGCAGAAUGGCACGAUCCGUGUUUGAUAAGUUUCGUGACUUUGAAGCAGAAACUAAGCGUCAAGAGGAGGCAUUACUAGCAAGUGCUGCAGCAGCAGCAUCGGGAGCCUCCACGAGCAGUACUCGUGUUGUAUCCGCCCAUCGUAGUCGUCGAAAGAUGAAGACCUUAGAAGAUCUCUUCAGACCACCUAUUGAUCUCAUAUAUCGAGGCACAUUCCAGGCUGCCCGGGAUGCAGGUGUGUCCAGGAAACGUUGGUUGAUGGUUAAUGUUCAAGAUUCCAGUGAAUUUCCUUGUCAAGUUUUGAAUAGAGAUGUGUGGUCCAAUCCAGCAGUAAAAACCAUAAUUAAGGAGCACUUCAUUUUUUGGCAGUUAUUUCAGGUUUAUCAUGAUAGUGAGGAAGGUCAGCGAUACAUGAUGUUCUAUCAAGUGUCAGAGUGGCCACAUGUAGCAGUACUGGAUCCCAGGACUGGAGAGUGUUUAGUCACCUGGAACAAACUAGAUGCUGUCACGUUUUGUGACCUGGUCACUGAGUUCUUGUCUGCACACCCAGGUUUAGAUGAGAACUCGGCACCACCACCACCAAAGAAACCAAAAUUGGAACUGAGUGACAGUAUAUUGGAGGCUGAUGAGGCAUCCCAGAUAGAGGCUGCUAUUAAAGCCUCACUUGCUGGAGACAUGAGUAAUAAAUCCAGUCCAAAAACAGCUGAAAAUGAUGGGGAUGAUGAUGAUGAUGACAAUGAUGAUGAUGAUGAUGAUAAAGAAGACUCUGACACACUGGAGACCUUUGACUCUGAUACAGAUGAGGUUGAUUAUUCCCUUGAUAAUAAAAUUACUGUGAAGGAAACUGUGAAGAGAACAUUCAAUGGUGAUACAAUUUUAAACAAAAGAUUAGUAAGAUCAGACGAGGAUAAAAAUACGGAAAUUAGUAACUUAAAUAAUGAAGAAAAGUCAUGUGACUCAGCAAAUACAUGUUGCAGUAGUGAAGAAGAGUGGAAGUCAUAUCUUGGGCCAUCUGCUGACCCUGAGUCAAAACUGCUGCUGAGACUGCCAGAUGGUUCCAAGGAUAUUGUGUCCAUGCCAUCAUCGUCCAAACUACUGGCUUUGGUGAAAUAUGUCGGCAGUAAAGGAUUCAGCAAUGAGCAAUAUGAGUUGGUUACUAAUUUUCCCCGGAGAGAAAUUUCAUAUAUGGAUUUUGAUGUAACCUUAAAAGAUGCUGGACUGUUUCCACAAGAAACUGUCUUUGUUCAAGCCAGAUAACCUUAUUUAUAAGAUGAAUUAUAUAUAAUAUAUAAGAACGUUAAGGUAUUGCUGGCUUUAACAUAAUUAUAUACUGUCCUGUACUUAUAACUGCCAUUGGGGAGACCCAUACCAGUAAUACCUUUAUAAAUUUUUAAAAUAAGUUUAUAUUCUGAUUCAGAACAUUUCCUCAGGUCUAAGAUGGGUUCAUUUAAUUUUUUGUAAAAUAGAAUCCCUUAGAUUUUUUUAUUAAAAGCAUAAUGAUUUUAA